AUGGGCACACAGGUGGCGUCGGUGUCGGGGAGGCGCCGGGCCCGGCCGCCCCCGCUGGGCCGCAUCGCAGUGGUGGUGGACCAGGGAUCGGGCUUCACCAAGGCGGGCUUCGCGGGCGAGAACCAGCCGCGUCUGGUGUUGAAGAGCUCCAGCCUCGUGCCCAGCUGGGACCAGCCCGUGCUGUCGGGGGUGCUGGGCUGUGAGCUGGUGGGGGGCGUGGAGCGGGCGCACCCCAUCAAGCAUGGCAUGGUGGUGGACUGGGAGGCGCUGGAGGGGCUCUGGGAGCGCCUGCUGGUAGGCGGUCUGCGGGUGUGCCCAGAGCAGUGGCCGGUGCUGGUGAGCGACUCGCCCUCGGCGCCACCCUCGAGCCGCGAGAGGGUAGCAGAGCUGCUGUUCGAGGCCCUGGCAGUGCCCGCGUGCCACAUGGCCAGCACUGCGGUGUUGGCUGUCUGCUCCACCGGCGCUUUCAGCGGGCUGGCCGUGGAGGCAGGAGCGGGGGUAUGCCACGCCACUCCCAUCUACGCGGGCCACUCGUGGCACGAGGCCACCUUCCGGCUGGAGGUGGCAGGCACCACCCUCUCGCGCUACCUGCGGGACCUGCUGGUGGCGGCGUGCCCGGACCUACUGCUGCAGACCCUCCCCCGGAAGGCCGUCACACAGCUCAAGAAGCGCUGCUGCUACGUCUCCCUGGACUUUGAGGGUGACCUCCGUAACCCUGCCCGCCACCAUCCAGCCAGGUUCCGCUUGGGCAACGGACGCUCUGUCUACCUCAGCAGCGAGCGCUUCCGCUGCCCCGAACCCAUCUUUCAGCCUGCUCUGCUAGGCCACGCUGAGCCGGGCCUAUCGACACUGGCCUUCUGGGCACUGCAGAAGGUGCCGGAGACGCUGCGGAGGAGGCUGGCCGACACUGUGGUGCUGGCAGGGGGCUCCACGCUUUUCCCCGGUUUCACUGAGCGCCUGGAGAUGGAGCUGCUGGCGCGGUGCCAGCAGCAUGGCUACGGGGCACUGCAGCCACACCUGGUGGUCAAGCCCGGGCGGGGAACAGCGGUGUGGACAGGCGGCUCCAUGGUGGCUUCACUGCACAACUUCCAGCGCCAGUGGAUGACCCGGGCCAUGUACCAUGAGUGUGGCUCCAGGCUGGUGCACGAAGUCUUCCACUGAGGCACAGCGGGCCGGGAGCGGUGGUGCCCCAGCGGGCUGCAGGGCCAGAGGCUUAGCGGGCUAAGCGGGCGCUCUAGCAGAGGCACCCAGUGCCAGAUAAAGGCAUCAGGUGA